AUCACCUAUAUAAUCUAUACGGACAUGAGGCUGAGCCCCUAGCCCUGGCUAUGGAGGAUCGUGUGUAAAUAAAAGCCCUGCUGCCAUACAAUGAGGCGUUCCUUCAUGACUUUUUUUGGAUCAAUCACACAGACAGUGGCUUCUUUUGAUUAAACCCCAAAUUGUCAUUGGGCAGGAGCAAUCAUGUGACAACCAAUUCGGUCCAAUUUCAACCUUGUCUCCAUGAAUUCAAUAGUUUAAUAGUAGCACAGUCCCCAUACGGCUGUAAUCAGUGAAUUAGAAAAAAAAAACACCCCAUCUAGGAUUUUUAUGAUUUUUUUUCGCCGCCGUCGGUUUGGGCGAACUUUUCGCUGGAGCAGAGGGCCAUGAAUUACGAAUUUGAGCGAGAGAUUGGCUUUAUCAAUAGUCAGCCGUCGCUCGCUGAGUGCCUGACAUCCUUUCCCCCUGUCGCUGAGACAUUUCAAAGUUCAUCAAUCAAGAGCUCUGCGCUUUCACACUCGACACUUAUUCCUCCUCCUUUCGAACAGACCAUCCCCAGCCUGAAUCCAGGCAGCCACCCUCGCCACUGCCGGCCCAAACACAGCCCCAAUGGUGGCAGCAGCAGCGGCAGCAGUCCUGUGCCAGCAGCCGGCUCCCUGCCCCCGGAGUACCCAUGGAUGAAGGAGAAGAAGGCAUCCAAGAAGCCCUCUGGACCUCCAGCCGCCAGUGCCCCGGCCGCAGCAACCUGCCUCAGCCACAAAGAAAUCAUUGAAAUUCAGGAUAAUAGCGGUGGAGGGUCGAGAAGACUGAGGACAGCUUACACCAAUACCCAACUGCUGGAGCUGGAGAAAGAAUUCCACUUCAACAAGUAUCUGUGCAGACCCAGGAGGGUGGAGAUCGCCGCUUUGUUGGAUUUAACCGAGAGACAAGUUAAAGUUUGGUUCCAAAAUAGAAGGAUGAAGCACAAGAGACAGACCCAGUGUAAGGAGAACCAGAAUGGGGAAGGGAAGUGUAAAAGUUUGGAAGACUCUGAGAAGGACGAUGGUGGAGAUAAGGAGAAGACUCUGUUUGAGCAGGCUCUCAACAAUGUCUCUGGGGCUUUACUGGAGAGGGAUGGCUACACUUUCCAGCAGCAGCAAGCUCAGAAUGCACACAAUGGGGAUCCUCAGAUUUUUCCAGUUUCUCCAUUAUCCAGCAAUGAGAAAAAUCUUAGACAUUUCCAGUCACCUACUGUUCAGAAUUGCUUAUCAGCCAUGGGCCAGGACUCUGCAGCUGCUGGGCUCCACAUUGAUAGCCCUGAUGAGGCCCUAGAUGUGGCUUCCCUAUCAGACUUUAAUGUCUUCUCCUCAGAUUCCUGCCUCCAGCUCUCAGAUACCUUGUCCCCUAGUUUACCAGGAUCUUUAGAUAGCCCUGUAGACAUAUCUGCAGAUAGUUUUGAUUUUUUCACGGACACAUUUACCACAAUUGACUUGCAGCAUCUCAACUACUGAGCCAGAUGCGAAAUGGUGAUUUUUUCCCCCCUCUUGUUUUCUCCCCAAACUGUUUCUGUCCUUUGCAUCCUAGAGCCAUUUCAGUCUCUCAUUGGGACACAUUAUCAUUGCUGUUUAACCCACUGAAAGCAAUAAGUGAGGCCUCUAGAAGAAAGUGACCAUAUGGAAAUGUAUUCUCACUUUCUUUUCUAUUUUUGUAUUACAUCCUUGUCUUACAAGUAUUUUUGGUAGAAUAAAUAAUUAUAUCUCACAGGUUCUUCUCUCUUUUUUUUUUAUUCUUUUUUUUUCUACCACCUUUGCUGUAUUUUCAGACUUUUUUUUAAUGUCCAAGAAAGCAAUUCAGAGGGAAAAAAAAACACACAGAAUGAACAAUUCGCAAAUCCUUAGGAAUGUUUGUACAUAAAAUAUUUAUUAGAGAUAUAUAUGAGAUAUAUAUAUAUUUUUGUUCGACUUUAUUUUUUAUUACAAAAAGGCAAAAUUUAAAUAAAUAAUUUUUG